AUGAGAUCCGAAAACAUCUCAUAUUGGAUUCUCAACAGGAUCCUCUGCGAUUCAGUUGUUAGAUAUGACGAGUGGGAAUUUCGGGAUUUGGAAAAGCGCAGUAAAAAAGGAAGCAGUUCACGAGAGAAGGAAGACCGAGAAAUCAUCGACCGAGAUGCAACGACAAUGCACACCACCUCCUCCUCCUAUUCCUCCUCCUCCCAUCGCCACCACCGCUCCUACUACCCACACCACAACACCCUCGAGGGAAGCACACGUCGAUCGUCGGUAGCUGCCAUCUUGUCUCACGUGACCAAACUGCACCAACCUCAUCAACCACAGCAUCAACCCCAGCAGCAGCCGAACAACACUGGCCUGCUCAAGAAACCGCUCUACCGCAACAUCAAAUUAGCUCAACAACAUCACCACGACGACAAGUUCGACACGGAGAAGCGACUCUACCAAAGCAUUCGUAGUGGGAAGUCGCGACUCGAACUUCCUGUGACGCCAGAGAAACAAGAAGAGGAGGAUGAAGAAGAAGUUGCUGGUUCUAAAUUAAACGAGUGA